AAAAACUUGUUUUCGAAUACUGCACCAUUAUUUGAUGUGGAUAACAUAUAUUUAUCGUCCCAUCGUGUUUUGAAUCAAAAUGGUACACAUUUAAGAAAAUCGAGGAAAAUAAGGGUAAAUAGGGACAAGUACGAAAAAUGUAAGCAACGUCUCCGGAAAGACUUGUUUUCGAACACGACACCAUUAUUUGUUGUGGAUAACAUAUAUUUAUCGCACUAUCAUGUUUUAAAGCAAAAUGGUACACGCUUAAGAAAGUCGAGGAAAAUAAAGGUAAAUAGGGGCAAGUACGAAAAAUGUAAGCAACCGCCCUCUCGCACGCCGCCUUUGUGCACGCCGCUUUCGCACGCCUACUCCUUGGCGUAUUCGGUCUCUCUCGCACGCGCGCUGCACACAUUUUCUUUCGUGUGCGCAUCUUGCCCACCGCCUUCCUCUGACGCGUGUGCGCCCAGCAUUCCUAAGCCUAUGAGUGUUAGGCCUCCGCCCGCGUCCGCACUCCACUCGCGCGCUGGUGCGCGCGCCCCGCUGCUGUUGUCCUUCUCGCGCGCGUGUUGUCGCGCUGAUGCGGACACGGCGAGAAGACUCAAGAAUGCAACAAGUCGCGCGUGGCAUGCGCGAAGAAGGCUAAGGCUGUGUUUCCGGUGCGAGGAAAAGUACACACCGGGACAUCGAUGCAAGCAGAAUUACUUGAUCGAGUUUGUGGACUCGGAUGACGAGGAGCCGGUGCUCGAUGAUGAGGCCGAGAUCUCUGUACACGCCAUGGCGGGCACCAAGGGGCCGAGGACGAUGCGUUUGCCGGCGUGGGUGAAGGAUCAGCGAGUGACUGUGCUAGUGGACAAUGGGUCGUCGCACAACUUUAUUAAUGUGACGCAAUCUCACAAGCUUAAACUACCCACGUCCAUGGUCGAGCCACUCGAUGUACGGGUGGCUAAUGGAGAGAGACUGCGGUGCUCGAAGGUAUACCGAGGCGUGCCAAUCAAAUUCGAAGGAGUAACGGUAAAGGCGGACCUGUUUGCCUUACCGUUGGUAGGACCUGAUGUGGUGCUUGGUGUGCAAUGGCUCGAAGGGCUCGGUGACGUAACGACCAACUGUCGGAAGGGUGUGAUGAAGUUCGAGACCGAUGAUAGGUUGGUUACCUUGAAAGCGAGCGAGGGAUCGACCAAGGAGGUUGGUCUAAAAAACAUCGAGAAGGUGUGGCGAGGUGGUGGACAGUCCUCGACGAGCCCAAGGGGACUGCCGCCUCACCGAGAGUUCGACCACCGUAUACCCUUGGUCGAGGAAGGUCGAGCAGUGCACGUGCAUCCGUAUCGAUACGCACACUUCCAAAAGACGGAGAUCGAGCGACAGGUGGGUGAGAUGCUCGAUUCUGGGCUCAUCCAGCAUAGCUCGAGCCCGUUCUCGUCACCGGUGUUGCUCGCAAAGAAGAAGGACGGAACUUGGAGAUUUUGCAUGGACUAUCGCGCUCUCAAUGCGGCUACUGUGAAGGAUCACUUUCCCAUUCCGAGCGUCGACGACAUGCUGGAUGAGUUGGGUGGCGCGCAUUACUUCUCCAAACUCGACCUACGCGCGGGCUACCAUCAGAUCAGAUUGGCCAAGAAGGAUGUGCCCAAGACGGCUUUUCGCACGCACCAAGGGCACUACGAAUAUCUCGUGAUGCCUUUUGGUUUGUGCAAUGCGCCGUCGACAUUUCAGUUUGCGAGGAAUUCAAUCUUCAAGGAGUACCUUCGUAAGUUUGUGUUAGUAUUCUUUGAUGACAUUUUGGUGUACUCGAAAACAUGGACAGAUCAUCUCGAGCACUUGCGAGUUAUUUUGAAGAUUUUGGAGGCUAACCCAUUCUACAUCAAACCGUCCAAGUGCUCGUUUGCUCAAGAGGUGGUCGAGUACCUUGGGCACUUUAUUUCUCAUGAUGGCGUUAAGGUGGAUCCAAGGAAAAUCGAGGCGAUGGUGGGAUGGCCGAAACCCACGAGCUUGACGCAGUUGCAAGGGUUCCUUGGUCUCACGGGCUAUUAUCGAAAAUUCGUGAAGGACUAUGGAACCAUGGCAAAGCCACUUACGGAGAUGACGAAGAAGGGAGCAUUCAAGUGGGCGAAAGCGAGCGGAAAGGCUUUCGAGGAACUAAAGAAGGCCAUGACGACCGCACCCGUGCUCGCAAUGCCGAGGUUUGAUGUGUUGUUCGAGAUUCACUCGGAUGCGAGCGACAUUGGAAUCGGAGCGGUUCUAGUAAAGGAAGGACGACCCUUGGCUUAUCUCAGCAAGGCUCUCGGGCCGGCGCGCUUAGGGUUGUCCGCAUACGUAAAAGAGAUGCUAGCUGUGGUCGAGGCCGUGCGCGUAUGGAGGCCGUACUUGCUUGGGCGACGCUUUCGGAUUGUCACGGACCAGCAGCCACUGAAGCACUUGCUCGAGCAAAGGAACGUGACGCCCGAGCAGCAGAAGUUCAUAUCCAAAUUGAUGGGGUUCGACUUCGAGAUAGUGUAUCGGACCGGUCGCCAGAACACCGUGGCCGACGCAUUGUCUCGCCGAGAAGACGUGGCCGAGCUCGACGCAGUGACGGGGCCGACGUGGGCUGUUUGGACAGAGCUUUGGAAGGCGCAAGACAAGGAUGCGCAUUGUCAGGACGUGGUCGAGAAACUGAACGAGGGACGCGACAAGGACGAGGACCAUGACAUGCACGAUGGCUUGCUCCUUUAUCAUGGGCGAGUCGUCGUGCCCGAGGCGGGAUCUUUGCGCGAGGACAUCAUUCGGCACUUUCACGACUCGAAGUUUGGAGGACAUUCGGGGGUGUUCCGGACAUGGAUGAGGAUUGCGAGCACUUUUUAUUGGCCAGGGCUGAGGGGCGAUGUGCGCGACUACGUUGGGCGAU